CUGCCAUACGCUGUAGCCCAUUUUCUUGGCUAUCGUCGGCCCGGGUAUAAAGAAAAGAAAUUAAAGCUUUGGCGAAACUGCAUCUGGUCCUUUUUGGGUGCAUGGCUGAGCAUCGGACUGCUGGAGAUUAUGUUUAUGUAUGCGCCUCUAUUCCGUGCUCACAAAACACCAUUUAUUAUCGGAAGUUAUGGUGCAGCCACCACACUAUUGUAUGGCGCAUACACUUCACCGACUGUUCAGCCUCCCAACGUCAUAUUCGGUCAUCUUAUCGGAUCGUUUAUUGGUGUUGCUACGAGUAAACUUUUUACCCAGACUGCAACUCAUUGGUCAUCUGCAGGUCAACAACAGGCGUUGGUGUGGGUUUCAGGAGCGUCUGCGAUGGCUCUUUCACUUGUGGCGAUGGAAGUCACUAAUACGGUUCAUCCACCGGCUGGAGCAGCAGCACUUAUUGCCUGUGUUGACAAGAAUGUGAUAGCAAUUGGAUGGUAUUAUAUUGGUGUCAUUAUGUUAUCGUCUACCAUUAUUUUGGUUAUCUCUUGCCUUAUAAAUAAUAUUGAGCGACGCUACCCAGUGUAUUGGUGGAAACCC